GGAAGCUGCAUAAAACCAAUGCGCUCAUUGGGAAAACUUUCAGUUUCAUAGAGACAACGUUGGCGCGUAAAUCGUUAGUUACGUGGCAUUUGAGUAUUUAUAGUUGGCGCGCUUUGCGACUAGCUGUUGGCAUUUGUUUACUGUUAAUAAGUUGCGCUGCGUGUCGGUUCGCGCCUUGUGUGUUUUUAUUUGGUAUACUAUUAAUAUAAUUUAUAGCGUCGAAAUUAAUGCCAAAUUUCAUUUGUUCAUUGAAUUGAGCGAUUCAAGCGAUUUGAGUUUUGCGUGCCGCUGAAGGUGUUUUGGUGAUUGUGAAUUUUGUAAAUAAGCGUGAACAUGAAGAGGUUUUGGAAUCUGCUGUAUUUCAGCCUAUUAUGGAUGGGCACUAGCGUGAGAGCGCAAAGUUCGUUUUAUCGACGCGCUUAUUACAGUCCCAUGUCAUCAUCACCCACACACUACUUCACCUCACAUCCCGGUAGUCAUGAGUUCAUGCCGCUCUCUUACACCAGCGAUCUACAUACCGAAGAAAGCAAACGCAAGGAAUCACCGAAAAAAUAUGCUAAGAAAAUCUCUUAUCGUCAUGUAGCUUCGGAGGAAGAAGACAAUUCUAGUGAACGCUAUGGUUCCAGUGAGUUCUCGAAUGAGGCGCAUAAUUUCAACUCGAAGGAGAAUGAUAGCCGCGAGUAUACAAUUGGCACACAAAUACGUGUGCAACAUCCAAUAACCGUACCGAAAAAGUCCACAUCAUCUCACCCGAAAUAUAGCACACACUUGCCUAAUCAUUUCAAGAGCACCACCUAUGCUGAUGUUAACCUUUCGACAGAAGCACACGACAAGAAGUUACCACCAUCUAAGAAACACAUUCACCAUCAUAAAUAUACACAAUUCUAUGAACCAGAUCCUUUCCAUAUGGUAUCCCCACCUAAACCUACACUCUCCUCCGUCUCACCGACCCCCAGUCUUAGCUACAAUGUGUACGAGCCCGAACAGGAUGAAUACGAUGUGCAUCCAUUCAGUUCUAACAGAGCUAAAGCUCAACUGCGUGAUCGUUUUAAGGGUGUUGCAUCGCAAAAGCAAAUAGAAAAGUAUUUGGAAGAUCAACAAAAGCUACUCGAUGAAGCGCUUAAGCUGCAAUUGCUCAAUAAUCCGAAAUUUCAACAUUUGAUGAAAUCGAAAGAUGCCGAACGCCAUUAUGAUGAGGGUGAAUUUGAAGAAUUGCCCAUCGAUCCACAGCCUCCACCAAUUUAUCGCCCUAGUUUCGAUGACAAUUUAACAUUCAAGUCGAAUCAAUCGCGAAGACGCCCAAAGGGUGCCGAGUUGAAGCGUUCACCGAAGUCACCAAAGCCCCCAUUGCCCAUAGUUGGUACGAGUAAGCGGCGAUUUCGCCCAUCACUUGUCAUCAAUGUUUGAGAAUGCCGAUGUCUAUUGGACGUUUUUACGUUAAAAAGUGAAUAAUAGUUUUAGGUUUUGUGCGCCUAACGGUGCUUUACGAUUUUUUAUAAUUUGUAUUUAUGAUUUAUUUGCUUAAGAUAUUAAUUUUUUGCCUUUAAUAACUUUAUGAAAUAUUUUGUAACAAUAUAUAAACAUGUAAAUAAAAAUUUAAUUGUUUCUAGUAAA